AUGCUUUUAUUGGAAACAGAUAGUAGCGUAACUUCAUUGCAUCGAUCGGGUGCUAUGAUCACCAGCGGUGGCGACAACGGCAAAGGGCAUGAUGAUGAAAGGGUUCUCAACAAGCCAGAACCCGUUCGUGGAGUGAUUCGGAGAACCUCCUCGUCGUCACGAUUGCGAUCCAACCUGUUGCGCAAGCUGGGUAUCCCUUCCACUCCAACCUAUCCUCAACAACCUCGACGAGGAUCGUUGCUGCGGCACGCCAAGGUGGAGAAAAUUCCACUCUCUGGCGGAGAAUUUUUGGUCGAAGAAGAAGCCCGCGAUGAUAGUCCCCAGAGCACACGCGAAGCCUGUCACACCACCAAGGUUCUCAAUGCCAUGGGAGCGUUGUGGUCCCUACAGCCACUCGAACAAGAAAGCGACACAACAAGCACUGCUUCGUCAUCGGAACAGCACCACCACCAUGUUCACUUUGACCCCCAAGUCAGUGUGAUUCCCAUCCCUACACGACACGACUAUUCCAAUCGCAUUCGCGGGUUUCUCUGGGACACACCCGCACAAAUGCAAACCAACAUUCUACGCAACACCCUGGAAUUUUCGGCCGAUGGAUGGGAUUGGAACCGCGUACUGGAAGAAGAUGCACACUAUUUCAAUCCCACCACAUGUCAAUACAUUCAUCCCAUUCAUUUGGAAAUUGCAAAAAUGCCCUUUGAAGAACAACAAGUGUUGGGCGUCAGUGACCGAUACGUCAAUCCAGCUCUGGCAACAAGCGAAUCAUCGUAG